AUGUGCGAUAGUGGACGGAUUGCACGCAAGAGAAAGUUUUUAGGUUUAAGACUCAAAGCGAAGGUGUUUCAGGAAGCUAAGCGCUUGCUGGACCCUUUGCCACCUCCACAGCCUAUGACGCCAAAUGUGGAAGAUGUUCAGGUUCAGCUGAAGUAUUUAAGAAAACCAAGCAAAAAUAAGAAGGCCAUCGGAAAUAAACCGACAAAAAUGACUGACAAGAAGAUAACACUUCCAAAUUCAGUUCUGGAUAUGCCUGUGUUGGGAUUCUUCAAUUAUGAUAAUAAUUAUUAA